GCCGCCAGAAGAUCCUGAUAAGGAAGAAGAAGGGAUAGCCUGAGCUAGCUGAACCAGCGAACCUGAAGCCUCGUGCAAUGAAGAGGAGAGUUGAAACGGCCUUGAGCUGCUCAAGCCAGUGUUCGCCACAAUCUGCUGGCACCAGCGCUUGAACGUGCCUCAUAAUUGAAAUUUCAAGUUGCUCGAGGGCAUACCACCAUACCACCAUACCACUUUGCGCUCUAAGAGCGACGCCUGGAAAAGGGCGUUAGAAAACGGCGCACGAAAUGAAGAUCGCAGUGGAAGGAUGUGCCCAUGGAGACCUUGACAACAUCUACGCAACACUGCAGCAUCUAGAACGGGUCCAGAACACCAAGAUCGACCUUCUUAUCUGUUGCGGCGACUUUCAGGCGGUUCGCAAUGAGCAGGACCUGGAGUCCCUGGCGUGCCCGCCCAAGUUCCGGGCAAUGAACACGUUCUGGAAGUACUACUCGGGCGCGGAGAAGGUGCCCAUUCCCACGGUCUUUGUCGGCGGAAACCACGAGGCGUCCAACUAUCUCUGGGAGCUUUACUACGGCGGUUGGGCCGCUCCCGACAUCUUCUUCCUCGGCUUCGCGGGCGUGGUCACCUUCGGCGGCAUCCGCAUCGGCGGGCUGUCCGGCAUCUUCAAGCACCACGAUUUUCGGACGGGGCAUUACGAGCGUCCGCCGUACAAUCCGUCCGACAUGAAGUCGGUGUACCAUGUCAGAGAGUAUGAGGUGCAUAAGCUGAAGCGGAUACGGGAGCCGUUGGACGUGUUCGUGUCGCACGACUGGCCGCGGGGGAUCGCGAACUACGGGGACAAGGAGGGGUUGCUGCGAUACAAGCCUUAUUUUAGACAAGAGGUAGAGAGCAACACGCUCGGAAGUCCCCCCGGGGAGGAGCUCUUGCACGCGCUGCAGCCCACGUACUGGUUCGCCGCCCACCUCCACUGCAAGUUCGCCGCUCUAGUUCCCCACAAGAACGGCCAAUCGACGCGCUUCCUCGCGCUCGACAAACCGCUCCCUAACCACCGCUUCCUUCAGAUUAUCGACGUCGAAACGAAAGGCCCGCUCCGCUUCGAGUACGACCCCGAAUGGCUGGCGAUCACGAGGUCGUACGACGCACAUUUGCCGCUGAGUAAAGCCCCCUUCCGACCACCGCGGCCCCCUUUAGACCUGACGGCAUCCCGGAAAUGGGUGGAGCGCACGCUAGAAACGCGGGGCCGGACUGUUCCGCUCAACUUCGAGGUGACGGCUCCGGUGCACGAUCCGCUGAACCGGAGUCGGCAUUUUGGGCCCGCAGGUCACCUUAGGAACCCCCAAACGGAAGCCUUUCUCCGGAUGCUCGAGUUGCCCUACCGACUGGACCAUGCGGCGCCCCCUUCUGGAUUCCGAGAAACGAGCGUGGAGCCGCAACAAACAGGAGUCUCUACCGCCAAUCCUGAGGAGAUAGAUCUAGAUGACUUACCUGACGAUGAUGCACUAGACGACGAUGGACUGCCCGAUGACGUCGACGAGCUCGCUCAAAGUGUCCAUACAUGAUUUACCGCCUAAACCUGGCUUCGGAAGCUUGUAUUGAUCCAAGUCUUGGACAUACACAAGAACCAGAUGCGUAUUUGGCAAUUUUCUGACUUGCAUCUAAGUCCAAUGUAGCGCAGUUGGCAACCCCAUGACUCAUGGUGCAAUCAGUGUCUGGAUGCAGUUUGCGUUGCGAUCGAUCCUACAGCAGCUACCUUUUGUAUAGCCUUGUAUGAUGAGAUUGGAUCCUUUCUUAAGGUCCUUAGAAACGGUACAUGAUGCAGGAUUUAACCGUCACACCGGGU